GUCAGUGUGUGGCAGAGAGAGAUUGGGUGUGUAGGAGAGCUAGACAGAGACAGAGAGAGAGAGAUUGCCAGGGAGAAUGUGAAUGUGGGACAGAGAGUGUGUGUUCUAUCUAUCACAGCAUCUCCCAGUGCUUUCAGUUCCCCACUUCCUGUUUCUCUGUGUAUCAUGUGACCUGGGUAGCACAUGGUUCCUGUGACCUCACAGCUCCUAUAGCUGGAGGAGAACUAGCUGUUUCCUUGAUAACUUUGUUAGUAUUUAUUUUACUAGAGAUUGCUAUUAGUAAUAUGAGAAAGAUGGAUGUCGUGUGUCAGCAGCUGGUGCUCAGCAAGUCCUUACUGACUCUAUGUGAUAGUGGCUACCGCAUGGCCACCAGGAGCCUUUCUUCAGUCAGAGCCAGAAACCCAUUGCCAUGGUAAGUUACCAUUCCAUGUCAGGAACUCAUACUUCAUGUCUGAAUAGUGUAAUAGGGAGUGAGCUAGCUGCCAAAACCAUGGGGGUAGACGGAUGCCCGUUUGGAUCCCAUAAAACAUAUGAUAUCUGCUCUGUGUCAAUGCAAAGUCAUUUAAGAAAUUACCUUUUUUUUUUUUUUGGUAAUUGUUGCUGAAAUUUAAAACACUUGAUGCUGUCAUAGGGAACAAAAUACGUUAAAAUAAGAAAUUAAAUUUUUUUAAUCAAAAUUAUUUGUUUAAGAACUCACACUGUCUAAAUACUCUGUCCCUACAAUAUAUUAAGAAAUUACACUAAAGUAUGGAAAGUAAAUAUUGCUAUAUGAUGAGGAAGUAAAUAAGGGAAAACAAAUGUGUAUUCCCAAGGCUAUAGAUCCCCGGUGGCUGUUUAGGUGACCGACACCCACCUGCAGGGAGAAAAAAUCCAACCCCAAAGAAAUGAAGUUGCUAUGGUGCCCAAAGGUCCCUGGCACUUUCUUACCUGAAGGGGUUAAACCGUUAUCGAAGCUGGAGAGCAACGUUUGGGGUUAAACCAUUAUACGGUUUAGCCCCAAACAUUGAUCUCCAGUGCCAUAUCUCUCUUUUCCCAGCGACAUACAGCUUCUUCGUUUGAGCUUUAGGAAGUGUGGAGUUCUGCUGGGCACGGGUGCCACUUAUUUGCUAAGCCAAUCAGUAGCUUUCCAUUCAUAACAAAGGUACGUGCCAGAGUUAGGAAGAAUACAGUUAUGGGAAACAUACAGAAAAUGUGGGUAAAAAAAAAAGAAAAUAAUAAAUAAUUUAACCCCUUAAGGCCAAACUUAAUUUUUUUAGUUUUCACUUAAAGGGACACUAUAGUCACCAGAACAAUGACAACUUAAUGUAGUUGUUCUGGUGUGUAUAGUGUGUCCCUGCAGGCAUUUUAAUGUAAGUACUGCCUUGUCAUAUAAAGGCAGUGUUUACAUUAUAGCCUAAGGACACGUCCAGUGGUAGUCACUCAGAGGACACUAGAUGUGCUUCCUGGGUCAAUGCUGCACAAUGUGCAGCACUGACGUUCAGCAUCUCCACACCCUGCAUGGAGGGGCUGAACGUUCCUUUAUUAAUUCAAUGCAUCUUUAUGAUGAGAUGCUGAUUGGCGCAGCAUGGCUUUUUGCCACGCAUGCGCAAAAGCACACCUUUUAAUUUGCUGACAGGGGGGACAGCAAUCUAAAUAUCGGUAUUAGAACUAUAGUACUAUUCCUGACACUAUAGUGUUCCUUUUAUCCUAACCCAUCCCCUAAUUUUAUGACUAACCCUAAUUUUAACCUUAAUCAUAAUCUCUAUCCUAACCCUACAAAUAGUGUUAGAACUAUUCUCUCUGCUGAUUUCAAUCCUAAAAUUAUUGCUAAACCCACCUUAAAUGUAAACUUAAUUAUACACGGAAAACUAAACCUAAUAUUUAUUCUAAACCUAAUGUUAAUCCCUAAUUUAAUCCUAAUCCCUAAAUUUUCCCUCUGCCAAUAUCAGUAAUUAUAUUAGCAAAUGGGAUUUUGAGCAAAAACAGAGUGGUAUGUUGCUGACAUCUACUGGCUAUUUUCAGUAUGGCAGCUUUAUAUCUUUAACAUUGAAUAUAGCAUGCCAAAUGCAUUUUGAUCGGUGUUGGGCAAUUGAGAAAGUGCAAACACUGAUCAAAAAUGCCACUGGGCCCAGACCCAGGGUGUCUUCCAAUCAUCACAUCCAAUGAGAGAGUCACUGUGGCUGAGCUUGAUUAUUUUUAAAGGACUAUGUGCAGUGCUGCCUUUCAACAUUGCAUGCAACUCAUCAAAAACUCUGAGACCACUAAAAAUGGCCCCAGCUGACAGAGGGGAGUCUCGGGUAUCAAUGAUUCCUGGUUUUCCUGAUGUGAGCAUGGAUUUUACCCUGCUCAUACUGCAUUGAUGUCUAUAGGGAUUUAAAUCCCCAUUGAAAGAUCUGCAUGCCGAUCUCAAUUGACCUCUGAAUGCAGGUCACCUGUCAGUUUGAAGCAGCAUUUGUUUCAGCUCCUGUCAUUAACAUGGUGACAGGUGGCACUCAGGAGUGUAACUUCCACUGAUGUUUGGUAGGCCAUACACUGUGGAGAACAAGUGCACAGAUUAUGUUAUAUCUCAAAUGUAAACACUUUAUUAUUAUUAUUAAUUGUAAUAAUCCCUGUUUACCUUGUUACUUCAGGUAUCGAACAAGGUUGGAUAUAAAGAACGGAGACAGGAAGCCUCGCUUUACCCCACAGGACAGUAAAGUCAGCAUUUUGAGGAACCCUGGAGUUGUCAAUGUUACAAAUCAGACAAGGGAGAAACUUUGUGAACUUGUUGCUCAAAAUGUUGUUUACUCGAAAGGUAGGCUGUCACACAUGGGAAGGUUAUUCUUUUCAGGAAAAAAUAUAAUUUUUGCAUCUAUAUACACAUGGAAAACGACAGUUGGUGAAUUGUUCCUAGAUCAGCGAUACCAAACCCAGGCUUUAAGGCACACCAACAUUCCAGAAUUUAGAUAUUUCCCAGAACCUGGACAUUGGGGUUCAUUGAGGACUUAAUUAACAUUGCUCUGGUAAUGGUAAAAUCUCCGUGAGGAAAGCAUUGAAAGAAGUGGUCUGGGUGACUUUAGUGGUCCUUUGAAACUCUUCAAGCAACCUUUUCUGUCCUUUUCCUUUAAAGACCUGUAAAGAAAGACAUUCAGAGCUAAGAAUGUUUGCAUUAUUUUUUGACACAUUAAUAUUUAUUGUAUUCUGUCUUUCAGGUCCUCUUGUGGCUGUGAACAAACCGCAAGGAUUGUCUGUUUCAGGUAUGAAUAGUUACAAUGUGUGGCCAACAGGUCUAGUCAUAAAUCCAGAUUAAACUUCUCGCUCCCAUACACCACAAAUGGUUUCUGUACCCUUAUUUUCAUAUUGGUGUAUGUUUUGUAAACUGUUAUAUCCAACCUAUUGAGAAAGAGAGAGAGAGUAAAUGACAUGAAAGAAAACAUGAAUGUGUUCUCUCAGUGAGCAUGAAUAAAUGCAUAAUUCUGAUUAAUUUUCAUAAGAAAAAAAAUGUGUCAUAUAUGAUGUUUCUUACAAAAAUGCCAUACAGUGUAUGGCUUUCUCUAGGUGAACCCAUGCAAUAUCUACAGAAUGGCCAUUGCUACAUUUAUUUAAGAAAAAAUAAUACUUUGCAUUUUGUCUACCACUUAAAGGAGCACUCUGGACCCCAAAAGCACUUUAGCUAGAUGAAAUGCUUUAUAUGUGAAGAAUGUGUCCUAUUUUUUUCAUUUUGCAAAAAUUGUAGAUUUAAAAAAAAAAAAAGUACUUUUAUUAAUUAACCUGGUUACACUGCCCCUUGCUAUCAGUCAGAUAACUGGUGCUGUCACUUAAAAAAUAAUUUUAUUAGCUCAAUGGAGCUAAACUUAAAAGGGAGCAAUUGCCCAGAGCACCUGCCUAUCAGAGAUUUCUUAUUCAACUGCUUUAGGAAGUCUGUGAUUGGACAGCCACAGAAAGUGUGGAUGGGGUUAGAAGAAGAGGUCUUCAAAAUAGUAGAGAAUUAAGCAAUGAGACUGCAUGGGGCUUGAUCUAUACACCAAAAACACUUCAUUAAACCAAAGUUGUAUUGGUGCUUAGUACCUGUCUAGGAGAACUAUAACACCAUGUUUACCUAUUCAUAUUUUCAGGAAUUCCAGAAGAGGUUUCACUGUCAUCGCUACUUCCGGAGCUUCAGCAGCAUUUGGGAAUCCGUUCUGCUACACCACUACACGUGGUGAAAGCUGCCCCAAAGUAUGAAUAUAUUCGUUUCCUGCUAUUUCUUAGCUCUGCAGCACUGAUUAUUGGAAGGGAUGUGCACAUUAAAGGGGAAUUAUGCUAUACUUUAAUUUCAUUGAUACCAAUUUAUAAAUGUGUUCUAACAUAUGUUUUUGCAUAUAAAAUGUGAUAUUUUAUUAUUAUUUUUAUACAUGCUUUUUUUCCAUGUAAAAAGUAACUCAUCUUGGCUCUUUCAGUUUGGUAAAACGAUCAUGCCCUUAUGUUGCUGCACUGUAUUAAUUAGUGGUAAAUAAUGAAAUACUCAAGCAGUAAAUCCCCUGUCCACCAAUUUGAGUAGUUUUAUUCUAUGGGGAAAUGAGUCGCAAAGUACUUUGUGUAGGAGUACUAUUCACAUUUAAGAACAGUUUCCAAUUGUGAGGUCCAGGUCACAAAAUAAGGUGGGUGCAUUACUCAGUUCUAACAUUGUUCACCCUUCUCCUCCUUGGCAGUGUGUAUUACAGACAAGCUGCCACUGCCUGGCAUCUGAAGCAAAUAACAAAUGUCUCAGAGAAGCUUGGGAAAAUUAUGCAUGUGGUACAUUUCACCCAAAGUGUAGCAAAGAGGAAAAUGUGUUUCCAUUUCCCUCUAGCACUUGUCUCUCCCAUGUAACUGAUUUGAAAGUGAGGUGAGUAAAAGACGCUGUCACCAAAAAAAGGUGCCAAUUCCUCUUUUAAAUGUGAUAUGUAUUUACUUUUAUAAAGAGUUCUAGUACUAGGUUUCUACAUGUGCCUCUUUCUAUUGCUUGUCCCUCUGUUGUGGUAGUGGUUUGUCUUCCAGAUACCGGAAAUUACUGGUACGCCACAUUCUACCUUGCCCUUAUUGUGUGGAAAACAGAAGUCCAUGCUUGUCACCAAUAUCCACAAAUUUCUGUAAAACCUUUCAAGGGAAGGAAAGAUUUUGGAGAAAAUCUGCACGUGUAACAGUUUUGUUUCUCUGUACAUAGGGAAAGUUCUGGAUUGGUCCUUCUUUCUUCAUGCCACACCACUUCAAAGCACAUCGAGGAAUUCUAUGCAAAGUGUCGCAAGUCACAGACACCAGUGGUAACUUUUUGGUGAGUUUGUAUACAUAUUUGUAGCCUAUACACAUAACCUUAGUGUAACCUGUUAGUAAUUACUAAAUAACAUUCUAAUUAGCUAUUGGUAUAUAACAUUGUAGUCUGUACAUUUUGAACUCUAUCCAUCUAUAUAUGUAUAAACUCCUGCUACAGGUUAUGUUCAGACAACUGACAAGACGAAUGAGAUGUUAAAGUCAGGGAGCAGAAGAAAGCCAAGAGCAAAUAAUAUACUUUUACGUAUCUGCCAGCAUGCAAAGUAUAUAAAGUAAUUAAAAUAUUCAUAGUAUUGACACAAAACUGUUCUAGAUAGAAGACCGAGCUCAGAAUGGAUAUGCAAAAGUCAAUAAUGAAAUUAAUUGGAUUGUAGUUUUAUCUUCUGUAAUUUGUUUGGACUGUGUGUGUGUGUAUAUGUAUAUAUGUAUGUAUGUGUAUAUAUAUAUAUAGCAACAUUACACCUUCAGAAUUUUUACUACCCUGAUCUACCAGGUCAUUCCCGACACCAAUUUCCUUUUCUGUUUUCCAGUGCUGUCACUGUGGGCAUUCCCAGCCCAAUAGAGGGAGAUGUCAAUGUGGCAUUGACAAUUGAACAAAUUGGAGAACAUAAACUGGUAUGAAGAAGAAAAAAUUAACAAAGUUCUGAUUUAGAUAUGUCAUUAUGUUGCAGAGUAAUUACCUAAUCCUAGGUGGAACUGAUAGCAACUGAUCCUAUGUGGUUAUGGGUUAAGAUGGUCUGUGGAGAGAGGGGUGUCAGGAUAACUAACCCAUUCCUACACUUGUCCAAUAAGGACAUAUGGUUUGGACAUCCUUUUAGUGGUGGCUAACGCUAGCCUAUUUUAAACUUGGGAGAGUAACAUAUUUCAUUGUGAACUAUUGAGAUUAUUGAAUUGAGUUGCACUGUGUACCAACAUGUAUCAUUUGUACCAACAGGUUGUGCCUGUUACACAUCCAACCAAAGGGAGUCUGGAAAGAAGGGAGGUGAAGAAUACAGAAACCCAUUAUAAAGUUCUUGAUUCGGCAGACAGCUGUGCCUUGGUACAACUGCAGCCCAUGUCUGGUACGUGUCUCUGCCACUUGGACCUGACACCCAGGGGAUAUUUUUUGUUCUAGCUGUGUGUGUGCUGAAAUACAUAUCAAUGCUACCCUAUGUAUUCUUGUACAAGCAGAGAUGUGUGGUUAUCUUCAAUCUUAUAAUUUGAUGAAGUUGGAAACAUGCCCCAAUUAGACUUGUCACAGAAAAAAAAAUUAUAGGCACUGUCUAAGUAGCGAUGUGCUAAAAAAGUACUUACCUAUUCACAACUGAUUGGAAAAUAGGGAAAUAUGUUUAAAGAGACACUCUAGGCUCCUGUCCAAUGGUGAUGUCUAUAAAAAAUGCCUGCUGAAAGUUGUCCAUGCCAAACAAAAUCUCUAUUUAAUGAUACCACUGCCAUCCCUGCUUGGGUCUCUUACUGCAAACAGACUUGAGAGAAACAGACCAGCGAUUUGAUUAGCUCUCUCAGUUCCACGUUGCCCUGCUUGAAUUGCUCAAUGUAAAUGUCCAUACCGGGGGUGUAACACUCCUGUGAAGGUAGACUAACCAAACUCUACAUUUAUUGACAAUUUUGUCAGAAUGAUGCUCUGAUUAAAUAUACAUAUCUGAAAGUGGACUUGUAAUCAAUACAUUUUUAUGCUUUAAUGAGUUGAGUAAGCACCCUUCAUGUGGCCCUCGUGGACAUCACCAUCUGCUUCAGGCAGGUACUGGCGCUUCAAUGACAGGACUCGACUUCACUGCUGUACUCAUGCACAAGAGUACAUUAUUGAGGUCUUUGGAGGAUCCCUUCAUAGACAGAGCCAAUUUCAUGCAGCCAUCACUGGUAAAAGCUGUAGCUCUGCCCAGAGUCUGAGAAAAGUCAGGUAGAGGAAAUAUACAAAGACAAAGUCGUUCCUGCUUCGUCUCUGUAUAUCUAUUGACUGGGUUGGAAUUCCAGUGAAUUUCCAUUACAGUCAGAAUGAGUAUUUCAUAAAAAUUCUAUCUUUAUGCAAAACAAAUUAUUUUUUUCAGGAGGGAGGGGAUGUGACAGUGCCGCUUUAAGCUGCAAUGCCUUUCAUGCCAGAGCAACUAACAAACCACACUUUAAAAAAAAAAUGUGUUUAUUAACAACAAGUAAACACUAUAAUUGGUUGAACACAGUGAUGGAAAAUAAAACAACUUUUACAUAGUAUUCCAUCACAGCAGUGAAGCCUUUAAUUAUAGCCCUUUGGAUCUGAUAAAGAGGUGGUGCAAAUGAUUCAUGUGUUGUAUUGUAUAUUUUUCUGAGCACCACGCUGACAACAAGCUGUUCUGCAAAGAUUAUACAAUAGUGUAUUUAGUACAAAACAUUGUCUACUGACCGUCAGCAUUCCAGGUGUUUCCGAGUAUUUCACUAUGCUCAGCCAGUAGAAUGUAUGGCUAACUGUUCUGAAAUCUAUAGUAUACAACAGCUGGAGUACUGACUCUUGGAUUGCUGGAAGGACCUUGUUUUCAUUUCCAUACAAUCUCCUUUCUAUGCAGUUUUCCAAUCACAGCUGUUGGUCCACAUGACGUGGAAGUUGUGCAAGGUUCUCGGUGACCACACGUACUCUGCACGAGUUGGAAAAGUUCUGGGAGAGCCUAUUUAUGUACCUGUUGACAUUGCUGUUCCUCAGACGCAGGUAACUCUUAAUCUAGUGUUUUGCUCACCCUCUCUGCAUGUGGAGCCACAUGUUCACCAUCUACUUAGUGCCAACCAUUCAGCAACAGUAUUUACCAACUCGUUGUUUAAAGUAGAUGUUUGUUGGAUAGAAACAGACAUUUUCUAAAAUGGCUCAACUGCAGUACUACUAGAUCUGAAUGUUGCGUCUAAUCAGGGAUUCUUCGGCAAGUCAAACCCAUCAUUGACGCAGUAAUUAUUAAUUUUUUUAUUGUCCAUAUGAGCGUGAGCUUAUAAAUCAUUUCAGUGGACUCUAUACUCAUGUUUUAUACAAUUGUUUUGGAUUAUUGGUUGAGCUAAGUCAAUCAACACAUAUUGGGGCAGGCUAGCUCAUCGCUCGCCACCUUAAGUUAGACGGGUACACAUUGAACAUCAUGCUAUCACCAAGCCGUGACUAGUUUUCUCUAUUGUCACAUACUGAUAUUCUCGUGCCAGAUCCAGGACACUUGGGAGGUAUAUGAAAGCCAUGUUAACAUUCACUAAUUAUGGCUGGAUAUAAAGCAGGUCUGAAAACUAAAUUGGCAUCUUUUAAAACCAUUAAUUAAAUGUCCAUAAGAUUUGCAUUCUUCUCUUUCCUGCCACAAGGUACUAGAAGAAAAGAUUCUGCGCAAGAUGCAUUUUACACAGCAACAGAUGCACCGCAUGCCACUUCAUCUCCACUUACAUCAGCUACUCGUACCCAACCACGAUGAGCAGAAGGGAUCCAUGCUUCUCACUGCACCUCCUCCACCUUUCUUCCUGAGGACAAUCGAGCUCCUGGGACUAACCAUGAAAGAGCCACUGUUAUCUAGCCAAAAUCUUCUAGCUCUUCCCAAAACUGAAUCUUCAAGCUCUUCCCAAAACUGACAGUGGCACCAAAGAGUUUUUAAUACUGACAGGAAAUAUAUUUCCAAACCAUCUCCAAGAACUUCCACAGUAAGGAUCGUCUUGUGUCCGUUUGCCACUGCUUGGAAUUGUGUUCUUCUGUGAUGUGUAUAUAUUAAUAGUAUGCCUUCUGUGUAAAGGUAAAUGAAAAGCUAAAAUGGACAGGUAAACAAUAAAUUAUUUUUCUUAUCGGUCUUGAUGACCUUUAAAUAUGACAGUUGUUGUUUUUUAAUAAAAUUGUAAUCAAUUGUCUUCACAAAUAUUUACUGUUUGAAUGCCAAGCUCUUCAAUAUCGGGUGCUAUCCUAUAAGGGAUACACUCCAUUUUUGCGAGUAUGUCCUCAGAAAUGUUGUAGUAUGUAUGUGAUUAGAUGGGCAGCUAUGUUAAUUUACACUGAAUGACUGGCUAUCUUCUGUAAAUUACAGCCUAUACACACUGCAGCAUUGAUACAGGAACACCUCUAGUGGCCGUCUGUGUUACUGCCACUUGAGGAGUAACUAACCAGUAAUGUAAACACUGCCUUUUCUCUUAAAGCAGGGACAGGCUAUAGACAUCAGAAAAAUUACAUUAAGCAGUGGUGGUUCUGGUGACUAUAGUGUCCCUUUAAAACCACUAGCCUAAAAAGUAAGUAUUGCAGUUACCAUGUUCAUAUAAUUAAGGUAGGAACCACUGAUCCUUGACUUGCCCCGAGUUCCUUUUUUUUUUUUCCCCCCCUAGAUCAGAUUCCUACUGGGUUGAGCACCCCACCCAUCCACUAUAAGUGCCCCUUUGGAGGUGACCACAGGAUAAAUUUGAGAAGAGUCUCUGGAAGCGAUUUAAGCAGUAUCUAUUGCAGUUUGAAUGUUAAUCUCCUACGUUAAAAUUAGUGUAGGGCCCACUGAUAGAGUGUGAGACUGUGUAGUGGUGGGCUUAACACAAUAUGGCCAUAUGGUGGAACAGAAUCUCCAUAUUUGUUUAAGAUAGGUGAUUUUAAUUUGUCUUGUACAUUUUAAAACUGUAUAAUUUAAUUUUGUGAGUGUGCUGUUCUUUAAUCUGUAUUUUGUAUAUAUGUUGGUCUUUAUGGCAGCACCACUACAGAGAAAUGUAUGUUUUGGCUUUGCCCCCCCCUACCCCCAAUUCCCUUUGUUCUGUCUUCUGUAAAUUAACAUGACCCCCCAUGUAAGUUAAACAACAAUUCCAUAUGCACAUAUUCAUAUACAUGUACAGUGGUGAGGAAAUGAUAAACAAUCCGUUCCACUCUAAAUUGGACAUGUCAUUCAGAAAACCCAUGGAUCGCAAUGUCUGCUUCAUGUACAUUUACGUAUCCAGGCAUUUUCUACAAUGCUAGAGAAAUUGUUUGUAAAUUUGUGCAUUAGCUGUAUGUAGCUUGCUAUCCGUUUUGAAAUAUGGGCAAAUAAACUGUAUAAAUCCCUGCCAAAUCAUAUUUUAAGGCUACAACCUGUGAUCCAC